AUGACUACUAGGUAUCGCGUCGAAUAUGCUCUCAAGACCCAUCGCCGGGAUCAAUUGAUCGAGUGGAUCAAGCCCACCGUUAUCUUCCAUGAGGAGGGCGUCAAGCUAGCUGCCGUGGCCACGGCCACACAGAAGCGCUACGCCGAGAUUAUGCAUGAUGUAGAGCUUUUAAUCAACGACCACAUACACCACGAAAACGCCAACCUCCCCGGCAAAUCAAAACUAAAACUCCUCGUGCCCGCAAUCGGCCAAUUUUUCACUCCUCUUUUGCUAGAGGAUGCAUUCAUCUAUCAAGACCAGCGGCGACACAUCAGUCGCCGACGCUUCGUCGCGCCUUCUUUCAAUGACGUGCGUCUCACCCUCAACACAGCGCAAUUGAUGGGUCUAGUACGCAGUAGCGCAAUCAGCUUGCUCACUUUUGAUGGUGAUGUUACGCUCUACGAGGACGGUUGCUGCCUGGUUGACGAUGACCCUGUUUUGCCGCGAUUGAUGAGGCUGUUGGGACAGGGGAAGAAGAUUGGUAUUGUGACGGCGGCCGGAUAUACAGAGCCGUCGCAUUAUUAUGUUCGACUUAAGGGGUUGUUGGAUGCGGUGAGGAAUGAUACGUCGUUGACACCGGACCAAAAGAGCGGAUUGAUUGUGAUGGGCGGCGAAUCUAAUUUUCUUUUUCGAUACGACCAGUCCGCCGAUCAUCUGUUGACUUAUGUGCCGAGAUCCGAGUGGUUGCUUGAUGAGAUGCAUACAUGGGAUGAUAAGGAUAUUGAGCAGCUCCUCGACGUUGCCGAAGCGUCUUUACGGGAAUGUGUCAGCAAUCUUAGUCUGCCAGCAAUGGUCCUGAGAAAGGAACGUGCCGUAGGCGUAUACCCUACAAAGGGACAUAAAAUGCACCGCGAACAAUUAGAGGAGACGGUUCUAGUGGUGCAGAAUAUGGUGGAGAGAAGUGACGUGGGCAAGAAAUUGCCAUUUUGUGCUUUUAACGGUGGAAACGACGUCUUCAUCGAUAUCGGCGACAAGUCAUGGGGUGUAAGAGCCUGUCAACGCUAUUUCGGCGGUAUCGAUAGGUCCAUGACGCUGCAUGUGGGAGAUCAGUUUUUGUCGGCGGGUGCUAAUGAUUUCAAGGCAAGAACGGCAUGCACAACAGCUUGGAUUGCGAACCCUGCCGAAACAGUGCAGUUACUAGAUGAGAUAUUUGAGUUGGAGGGUGAGUAUUUGAAGCAGAAGAAGUAG